UCUAGGGUGACCGUUUCUGUGGAAUCCAGUCUGAUUUUCAGUCUUCAGAGACAUUUUUAUUAAUAAAAUAUAACGUGAUCGCUGGUGAAAAUGCCACACAAAGCACUUAAAGUAACUGUGGAUUUGACCAUCCAAGCUGUUACAUGCCCAGGUACCGUCCUUCGAGAGAGAGAUGACGUCUACAUCAGUAUCCACUUCUUGGGAUUUCAGAAGAGAACGUUGUGUCUGCCACCGAUCUUCCCUCUUCUCUUUCAUCAAGUCAUUCGGUUUGAGAAGACAUUUGUGAACUGCAUCGACCCCGCCCACUUAUCCCUUCUCCUUGAGGAUGAGCGCAUCUUGGUGGAGCUGAUCCAGCUCAGCGAGGAUUACAGUGCGGAUGGAACGGUGCUGGCUCACUUCUACGAGGACGCCAAAGAUUUCUUAUAUCCACAAAACGCUUUGAUUCCUGCAUAUGCCGACUCUGAGAGGGAGGUGUUGAUGCAGAGGUCAAUUUGGUUUAGUGGUAUAUCCCCCAAAUUGGAGUUCUCCUGUAGUACCACAGUCAGAGAUUGCAGCACGGCCCGCCACGAUCGAUACCAAGAGCUGUCCGCCCAGACGUCAAUGUCAGACAAUGACUUCCUGGCCGUCUCAACUGAACGCAAACCUCGAAGGAGAACAAGAACCAAGAGCUACGGAGAUUCUACCAUAUCCUGGAGGAGCAAAUCUCCGUCAAGAAAAAAACCAAACAGGCUCAGUAGCACAUCUAUUGAAGACCGACCACCAUUUAUCAUGAAACGAGAGAACUCACAUAAUCGUGCAGCAUCCCCGGGUAAAUCAGUUUCCUUCAAUACCACACCCUCCAGACCUGUGUCAGCACCCCCACCAAUAAAUGGACUAUCCUUGUCAAGAUCAAGAAGCCCCAAGAGGAAGAUGGCUUCAUCAAAAUCAAGUUAUAUAUCAGAGAAUGAUUGCAGAAUUUGUACGAUCUUCAAGCGAUACUACGGCAGGAGUUACUGGGGCCACAGAAAGAAUUUCCACCCUAACCACGGCGUCAAAAUACGACCCUACAAGGAUUCAGAUACUUUGGUUGAUGAGGCUGAAAUGUGGCUCAACCGAGCGUCUCAUUCUGAGAUCAGUGAUGACACUCAAGAUCUUCUUGACAGAAUGAAUGAUUUGACAUUGAGUCGGAGAACAAUGGAUCCAACCCCAGGUCUGGAUGUGUCCUACGGGCGCUUGCCAUACUCCCCUCGACUCUCAAGAUCAAGAUCAAGAUCACCCUCCCCAAGAGCAAGGACGAGAUCCCUGAGCCCAAUAACCCUGUCUCCACGUCUGCGAUCACGUUCCCCAAGCCCUGUUCUGGUACGGCGUUCUUUGAGGGACAGAUUUGACGAGAGUUCUGUUGAUCUGGACACGUCUAAAGUGAUCCAUAGACGAGUCCGAAAAGCGCUUGAACACAACUUGCUUUCAUCCGAUUCAGAUAUUUCUUCUGUCACCUCUGAGGAGGCUCUGGCUGACCUUUCAGCAUCGCUGCGAAGCGAAAACAGAGAAUCUUUAAGACGAUCAUUACUGGAGUCCGAUAGGAGUGUGUCAGUGCACAUAGACAACGGCGAUCACUGGUCGACCAGAAGUCAAGAAUUCACCGGCAAAUCUCAUCGUGAGUUAUUUGAUGAUACUAUGGGAAAGAUUUACAAGCGUCUGUACAGAAACAUCAAGGAGUAGAAUUUGAAUGAAAAGUAGCUUAGCGCAACGAAAUUAUGCUUAGCAGACUAAGGUUACCAUUCAAAACACUGUCACGUGUAUGUGGCUUGAAUCCUGCUUUAUUUGUUUGCUUAUCAGAAAAUUGCUAAGCAUCAUUUUUCUGCCUAAGCAUCUCUAUGGAAUUGGGCCCAUCCCUAUCAGCUGUUCUUUAUUCAGUGACUUAGUCCACUACAAAAGGUUUUGUGUUCUAUGACUAGAUUCAGGUUAUGUUUUAGUAAAAUUUUGUAAAUAAAGUGCCCUAAUAAAGGAUGACAUCAUUUUAGCGAAACUUUAUUUCAGGGCGUCAGUGUAAAGACAUGGGAUGUUGCAUGAAAGUUUUUAAAUUUGCACAAUCCUUUUAACAGUUUUGUAUCUACAUUGUAUCUUUAAGUAACCCAAAUGUACACAAAUCAAGUUCGCGCUGAGAGGCAUGUUUUUUUACUAGAAGCAUUUUUGCUGAAGUAAGUGAGACACUGGGUUUUUACACUGACACAACAGUUUUAUGUACAAGUGAUAAUUUAUGAUGCUACAAUCGUUGGAUUAACAAAAGUUUACAAAUUUCAAGCCUGCAGAACAGUGGUAAUUGUCAAUAACCAGCAUCCAGAACAUUUUGUGACCCAACAUAGAUAUGUACACAUAUGAAUUAACAUUCCUGUUAAAGGCAGUGGACACUAUUGGUAAUUACUCAAAUAAAUUAUCAUCAUAAAACCGUGAUCUUGAUUACG